AUGGAUCGUCGUAGAUUUAACUCUCAAAGAUGCAAUGAAGUUGCUGCAGUUUUCUCGACUACAGCUGACGGCGAGAUUCCAGAAGCUUUUCAGUGGAUCGUUGAUUCUUACGUUAAAAUUGGAAAAGAUCGGAUAGAUUACUGCAAAAAUCAUCAGAAAGAGUUGCGUGCCGAAUCUUAUCAAGGUUUAGUGGAUUAUUUGAACAAAAGAGCGGAAAACAUGAAUGGUCGUGUUGGUAAAAUGGUAGUUUUACCAUCAUCUUCCAUUGGUUCGCCUCGCAGUGAGAUGCAAAUGUAUCAAGAUGCGAUGGCUAUUGUACGUAAGUACGGAAAACCAGAUUUGUUCAUAACCAUGACAUGUAAUCCCAAAUGGCGUGAGAUAAAUGAAAAUAUUUUUGAACAUCAGCAGGCAGCAGAUAGACCAGACAUCUGUGCUCGCGUUUUUAAUGCUGAAAAAAGUUAUUUGAUCGAUAUGAUUGUCCGCCAGAAAUUUUUUGGAAAAGUAGCAGCAUACGUUUAUGUGAUUGAAUUCCAAAAACGUGGUUUGGCGCACAUUCAUACGUGGUAA